CGGAGGCCUGUAAAACAUGCACAAUGACUACGCUGAUACGACGCUCACGAACAUUUCCUGCCGCAUCUCAUAAUCCAGACCAAACUCACUCGGAAAGUGGAUACAUUUUUCCCGCUGCUCUACGAGACCUCACCAUUUCCUCAAGUUCUUUUCAGCCAAACAGGAAAUCAGUUCCAGAUCCACCUCUAGCCUACCAUGUCUGAACCAGGUUCUGGUUGUGGUGUUCCAGCCCAGAGAAGCUCACAGCGGGGUCCAAAGUUGCUGUCAGUGAAGCUGGGGGACUGCAGUCAAUCACUGGAACUCAAUGUGAUUGUCAAAGAGGAGGAGGAGGAGAGAGAAAUCAAUGAGGGGGAGGAGGAAGAGAGAGAGGAGGACAGGGCCUCUGUUGACUCAGGAGAGAUCCCCAACCCAGACUCAGUCAACAAGCCCAGUUCCACAGCAUCGAGACUGCCUGGUAGUGGGAGUUAUUCGUGCCCUCAAUGUGAGAAGAGUUUCAGUUCCUCAACUAUUCUAAAGAAUCAUCAAAGAGUACACACUGGAGAAAAACCUUUCCACUGCUCUGCAUGUGGGAAGAGUUUCAGUGAGAAAGUAAACCUUAAGAGACACGAGAGAGUACAUAGUGGAGAGAAGCCUUACCACUGCACCCAAUGUGGGAAGAGCUUCAAUCAUUCUGGAAGCCUUAAGGAACACCAAAGAGUACAUACAGGGGAGAAACCUUACCACUGUGCUCUUUGUAGGAAGCAUUUCAGUCAGCCAGGAAGCCUUAAGAAACACCAGAGAAUUCAUACAGGGGAGAAACCUUACCACUGCUCACAGUGUGGAAAGAAUUUUCGUUUCGCAGGAGACCUAAAGAGUCACCAGAGAUCACACAGUGGAGAGAAGCCUUACCACUGUUCUCAGUGUGGCGAGGGAUUCACUCAGCUCAGGCGUCUUAAACGUCAUCAGAGGAUACACAUUGGAGGGAAGCCUGUCUGUGUUUUAAAUGUGAUUGUCAAAGAGGAGGAGGUUGAGAGGGAAAUCAAAGAGGAGGAAAAGCGAGAAGUUGAGGAAGAGGAGGACAAUAGUGGUAUAGUUGACCCAGAUACAUCAACAUUACCUGGUUGUAGUCUUUACCCCUGCCAUCAAUGUGGAAAGAGUUUCCGUUCCUCAAGUAAUCUACAGAAUCAUCAAAAAGUACACAUUGGAGAAAAGCCUUACCACUGCUCUGAGUGUGGGGAGGGAUUCACUCAGCUACUACGUCUUAAAAGUCAUCAGAUAAUACACAAUGGAGGGAAGCCUGUUUGUGCGUUAAAUGUGAUUGUCAAAGAGGAGGAGGUUGAGAGGGAAAUCAAAGAGGAGGAAAAGCGAGAAGUUGAGGAAGAGGACGACAAUAGUAGUGUAGUUGACCCAGAUACACCAAGACUGCCUGAUCGUGGUCGUUACCCAUGUCAUCAAUGUGGGAAGAGUUUCCGUUCCUCAAGUAAUCUAAAGAAUCAUCAAAGAGUACACACAGGAGAGAAACCUUACCACUGCUCCCAAUGUGGGAGGGGUUUCAGUGAGAAGGUAAAUCUUAAGAGACAUGGCAAAGUACAUAGUGGAAAGAAGCCUUAUCACUGCACCCAAUGUGAGAAGAGCUUUAAUUAUUCAGGAAGCCUUAAGGAACACCAGAGAAUACAUACAGGGGAGAAGCCUUACCACUGCUCUCUAUGUGGUAAGAGUUUCAGUCAGCCAGGAAACCUUAAGAAACAUCAGAGAAUACAUACAGGGGAGAAGCCUUACCACUGCUCUCUUUGCGGUAAGAGUUUCAGUCAGCCAGGAAACCUUAAGAAACAUCAGAGAGUACAUACAGGCGAGAAGCUUUACCACUGCUCUCAUUGUGGGGGGGGUUUCACUCAGCUAAGAAGUCUUAAAAGUCAUGAGAAAAUACACAUUGGAGGGAAGCCUGCCUGUGCUUUCAAUGUGAUUGUCAAGGAGGAGGAGGAGGAGGAGGAAGAAAAGAAAUAAGUUGAGGGAGAGGAGAGUGACGUGAAAUAAAGGUGAAGUGAGAAUACAUAAGCAACUCUAUAGUUAUUGAAAUUCACACCUAUCCUUGCAAUGGCAUCUUCCGUGACGGCAUGGUCAUGGGCAGCACCAUUUGAGUUUUAAAAAUCAGUAAGGGUUUUUCCUGCACAACUGUAAAACCAGACUGUAGCCUUGUCACAGCCAGGUCAGCAGUCGGGGUAAUUCCAUAACGUAAUAGUGUCAUCCGUAUUUAGAUGAGAUCGAGACAAGAUCGUUAACAACUAUAGUGGUUGCUGUAAUAGUGCUAUUCCCAGGCCUAAAGCCUGGUUUACGUUAACAAUACGUGUCUCAUUGUAAACCAGGUUGCCAGUCCGGGUCAAAGCCUGUGUUCCUGGCCUUGACCCAAGCAUAAUUUAUUUAAUGAAUUGUUUCUGAACAGGAUACCACCACCUAAUGUGCUACAGUGUGUAUAGUCUGAACAAGAUCCCUCCUCCUAAUGUACUGCAGUGUGUACAGUCUGAACAGGAUACCACCUAAUGUACUGCAGUGUGUACAGUCUGAACAGGUACAAAGCCAAGGUUGGUGAUUUACUGCUACCUGCAGUUAUGGAAUGUUAUCUCAGGACUAUAAAUUAAUUGGUUGACUCCUCCUCCUGACCUCCUCCUGACCUGGAUGGAAUUAUACGACCUGGAUAUAGUGCACUACAUUUGACCAUGAUUUUUGGAAUGAGAUGUUGGACGAGCAGGUGUCACACUACAUCGGUAACCACUACAAACGUAUCUUCCUCUAUCUACUACCAAACAGAGAAACGCUCCAUUUUCACAUCUGCUGAUGUUGGGUUGGUGCUUGAGGUUCUGAAUAUGUAGUAGAAUGUUUUUGAAAUGUCCCUUUUAAAGGUACGUAUGCCCAUGUACACGACUAACAUUUAAAUGUAAAACAGUUGACAGUAGCAUAAUCUAUAUUUGACUUGAGCUGAAUACUGGGGCUGAGUCUAUAUAUAGUAUAUACUGGGGGCUGAGUCUGUAUAUAGUAUAUACUGGGGGCCGAGUCUAUAUAUAGUAUAUACUGGGGGCUGAGUCUAUAUAUAGUAUAUACUGGGGCUGAGUCUGUAUAUAGUAUAUACUGGGGGCUGAGUCUAUAUAUAGUAUAUACUGGGGCUGAGUCUAUAUAUAGUAUAUACUGGGGGCUGAGUCUAUAUAUAGUAUAUACUGGGGGCUGAGUCUACAUAUAGUAUAUACUGGGGCUGAGUCUGUAUAUAGUAUAUACUGGGGGCUGAGUCUGUAUAUAGUAUAUACUGGGGCUGAGUCUGUAUAUAGUAUAUACUGGGGGCUGAGUCUAUAUAUAGUAUAUACUGGGGGCUGAGUCUAUAUAUAGUAUAUACUGGGGGCUGAGUCUAUAUAUAGUAUAUACUGGGGGCUGAGUCUGUAUAUAGUAUAUACUGGGGGCUGAGUCUAUAUAUAGUAUAUACUGGGGCUGAGUCUGUAUAUAGUAUAUACUGGGGCUGAGUCUGUAUAUAGUAUAUACUGGGGGCUGAGUCUGUAUAUAGUAUAUACUGGGGGCUGUGUCUAUAUAUAGUAUAUACUGGGGCUGAGUCUAUAGAGGCCUGAAUACUGGGGCUGAGUCUGUAUAUAGUAUAUACUGGGGGCUGAGUCUAUAUAUAGUAUAUACUGGGGGCUGAGUCUAUAUAUAGUAUAUACUAGGGGCUGAGUCUAUAUAUAGUAUAUACUGGGGGCUGAGUCUAUAUAUAGUAUAUACUGGGGGCUGAGUCUAUAUAUAGUAUAUACUGGGGCUGAGUCUAUAUAUAGUAUAUACUGGGGGCUGAGUCUAUAUAUAGUAUAUACUGGGACUGAGUCUAUAUAUAGUAUAUACUGGGGGCUGAGUCUAUAUAUAGUAUAUACUGGGACUGAGUCUAUAUAUAGUAUAUACUGGGGGCCGAGUCUAUAUAUAGUAUAUACUGGGGGCCGAGUCUAUAUAUAGUAUAUACUGGGGGCCGAGUCUAUAUAUAGUAUAUACUGGGGGCCGAGUCUAUAUAUAGUAUAUACUGGGACUGAGUCUAUAUAUAGUAUAUACUGGGGCUGAGUCUAUAUAUAGUAUAUACUGGGGCUGAGUCUAUAUAUAUUAUAUACUGGGGCUGAGUCGAUAUAGUAUAUACUGGGGGCUGAAUGUCCCAAAUGGCGCGCUAUUCACCCUGUAGUGCACUACUUUCGACUAUGGGCCCUAUUCUGUAGUGCACUACAUUUGACUAUGGGCCCUAUUCUGUAGUGCACUACAUUUGACUAUGGGCCCUAUUCUGUAGUGCACUGCAUUUGACCAUGGGCCCAAUUCAGUUGUGGAUAUUUUUUUAUACCUGAUUAAACUCAGUAGAAGGGCUGGUUUGUAAUUGACAUAAAAUGUAUUGUUAUGUCAUGAUCUGGAUGGAACCGGUGUUCCUUUCAGGGUUUGGAACCUGAAAGUAUUUUCCAAUUAUUUUGUUCUGAACAGAACCGUUAUUGUUUUUUUUGUUCCAUUCCAGCAAAGUAAAGUUCUGAACCGGUUCGAACCAUGACUCGCUGGGCAUCUUGUUGUUAUGACACGUAUUAUCUGUUAUGACACGUAAUAUCUGUUAUGACACGUAUUAUCUGUUAUGACACGUAUUAUCUGUUAUGACACGUAAUAUCUGUUAUGACACGUAUUAUCUGUUAUGACACGUAUUAUCUGUUAUGACACGUAUUAUCUGUUAUGACACGUAUUAUCUGUUAUGACAGGUAUUAUCUGUUAUGACACGUAUUAUCUGUUAUGACAUGUAUUAUCUGUUAUGACACGUAUUAUCUGUUAUGACACGUAUUAUCUGUUAUGACACGUAUUAUUUGUUAUGAGGUAUACCUACGGAGGAGCGGCUUCUAUGAUGAAACUUUGAAUGUCUUUGAACUUCAGAGAGUUGACUCUAACUAACUUUGGACCAGAACUAUCCCUUAAUCAUGACUCUCAGUUCUAUUACAGUACAGAUAAUGCCUCCUAGAGUUUUGGAAAGGUAGACCAGAGCUAGCUAACAAGCUAUCUAGCUAACAAGCUAUCUAGCUAACAAGCUUGUGUGUGCAGAACAGCACCAGAAUUCAAAUAAAAUCUUACCUUUUUCAUAGUUAAUGAAUCCAAUGUGAAAAGUGAUAACUAUAGUAUCCUUAACUAGCAUUGAAAUAGUUCAUCAAUGUUCUCUAAUUAAACCUCUCUCUCCGUAAUGUCUGAAUCACGCCUGUAAUGUCAGUAGCUACAGUAGUCUAUGCAUGCUUCGGUGGGAGGGGAGGGGGAAUGUAGCCUACACACACUGGCAAAUAUUUUCAGCAGGCAGACACUGGGAUACGUUUCUGAGUGUAUAGGGACUGAAAUAAAAUGCCUGGAAUGUAAAAGAACAUUAUUAACCAGUUCCCAUACUUUUAAAAUCACUGUUCUGUUCCGGAACAGUAUAGAUCCCUUUUGUUGUCAGUUCUGGUUCUGUUCCUUGAAAUUCCGGUUUUCUUUUCUGUUCCCUGAACUGGUUCCAACCCCUGGUUUAGAAUAUUGUUCUGUUCCAGAACAGUAUAGAUCCCUUUCGUUGUCAGUUCUGGUUCUGUUCCUUGAAAUUCCGGUUUUCUUUUCUGUUCCCUGAACUGGUUCCAACCCCUGGUUUAGAAUAUUGCUCUGUUCCGGAACAGUAUAGAUCCCUUUCGUUGUCAGUUCUGGUUCUGUUCCUUGAAAUUCCGUUUUUCUUUUCUGUUCCCUGAACUGGUUCCAACUACUGGUUUAGAAUAUUGUUAAGUAUCCAUUAAUUAAAUAAUAAAUGCUAACAAACUGUAAUCUUCUUCUUCAUUAAAGGUGGAUGAUGUUGGUA